AUUUUACAGCUCUUUCUCUGCUUCUCUCGUCUUUCAUCACAACUUCUUCAAGAAAACAAUCAUGAGUAAAGGUCCAGGACUCUAUACCGAGAUCGGCAAAAAGGCUAGAGAUCUUUUGUACAAGGAUUACCAAGGAGACCAGAAACUCAGUAUCACGACAUACUCUUCAACCGGUGUUGCAAUAACAACAACAGGAAUAAACAAGGGAGAUUUGUUUGUGGGUGAUGUAGCUACCCAAGUCAAGAACAAGAACUUCACUGCUGAUAUCAAAGUUGCCUCUGAUUCUUCUCUCCUGACCACUUUCACUUAUGAUGAGGCUACCCCUGGAUUGAAGGCAAUCGUUAGCGCCAAGGUGCCUGAUCAGAAAUCUGCCAAGGUUGAGCUCCAGUACCUGCACCCACAUGCUGGUAUCUGCACCAGUGUUGGGUUGACAGCUAACCCUGUUGUCAACUUCUCCGGUGUGAUUGGAACCAGCGUCUUGGCUCUUGGUACCGAUGUCUCCUUCGACACAGAAUCUGGCAACUUCAAACAUUUCAACGCUGGUGUGAGUUUCACCAAGGAUGAUUUGAUUGCUUCUCUUACUCUGAAUGACAAAGGUCAGAAAUUGAAUGCAUCAUACUACCACAUAGUGAACCCGUUGAAGAACACAGUGGUAGGAGCUGAGGUUAACCACAACUUGACUAACAAAGUGAACACUAUAACCGUGGGAGCUCAGCAGUCUCUUGACCCAUUGACCACAGUGAAGGCGCGUGUUAACAAUUCAGGUAUAGCCAACGCUUUGAUCCAACACGAGUGGCGUCCAAAGUCGUUUGUGACCAUCUCUGGAGAGGUUGACUCUAGGGCGAUUGAGAAGAGUGCCAAGGUUGGGUUUGCUCUUGCUCUCAAGCCUUGAGAAAGAGAAGGAACUCCAUUGUCUUCUUCUAAUCUGUUUUUUUUUUCUACUUUUAAAAAUUGUUCAUUUGUUUUUCUUUUUUUUUCGACAAAAUAAGAAGAAAAAAAAUACUAUGAAAGGAUCGUCUUUGAAGAUGAACCAUACAAGUCUCUUUCUUGAUUAUUUGCCUCUCUAGUUUUUUUUUUUUUAAUGCUCUGCUAAAAACAUUCUUGUUCACUCGAUUUGAUUUUCGAGUUCUUUAGUGGAUUUUCUGAGAGGUUCUUCACUUUCCUGCUUUAUUUUCUUUGCAUAUGCUCUGGCAUCUUUGUCCAUGUUCAACAUAUUCGAAUCUAUUAAGAAUUAUUCUUCAGCAUUUAUCAUGUCUCAACAGUGUUUGAAAUGUUCUU